AUGGCUGCUGGCCUGGAGAAAGCUUGUCACCGGUGCAUAUCUAAAAUUGCCAGUAACGCAUGCUUUAUUUUUGGGCUUCUUGCUUUCCUUGCUUUACCACUGUCCAUGGCUUUUACAGGAAUGAAGUUUUUGGAAGACUGCCCACUUCAACCACUAAUUCCCUUAUAUCUGUUGGUGGGUGGUGUUGUCGGCAGUUUAAAGGUGACUCUUCUGCUUUAUGACUCCACCAGGAUGCGGCAACUGCUUUCCAAAUCUGUCGUGAUUGAUGAUGACGACGAUGAUGAAUAUCCAUGGCGGCAGAAUGCUCACAAAUACUACAUCCAUCUUACGCUCAGCCUCUUCCUCUUUAUCUGGUUCAUACUUGGGAACUAUUGGGUGUUUUCUAUCUACCUGCCAAAUUUCAUUCCACCUUUCCACCAGCCCCAGGAUUAUUGUGAUAAAACCCUGUACAUUUUUGCUGUUGGAGUUCUUAUCAUUAGUCAUACUGUGCUGUUUUUGCUUAUCUUUUGUAGCUUCUGUAUAUAUUGUUUUUCUAGGCGAAGAUAUGCUGCAGAAGAGGAUUAA